GAUGGGUGAUGUGGUAAAUUUUCCGAAAAAUUUAGGCAACAUAUGUCAACUAAAGGCUGAAGCCGAUAAUCUAGUAGAAGAUUGUUGCAAACAUUCCAAAAAAGUAGUCCAACCCACUCUGUUUUGUAAGACUUGUGCUACUCUAGAAAUAUGCGAAGAUUGCCUUCAGCAGGAUCAUUCAGAAUCAACAUGCGAAAUUCUUCCAUUUGAACCGUUCAAAAAUAUGCUGAACAGAUGUUAUGAUAUAUAUAAAAGGCAAAUAGAUAAAAAUUCGCAAUCCCUAAAGGAGUUAUUGCAAUUAGUUAAAGAAUAUAGAUUAUCGUCUAUAGCACAAAUCGAAGAAGAAUUCUGUGAUAUUGAAGCUAAGGUCUAUGAAUUUUAUUCAAAGAAAUGUGAGAUGGUAGGCGAAUGCGUUGAAAGUUUAAAUAUUGCGUCGAUAAAUGAAGAUGAUUUUGAAAAGAUUUUUGAAAAACUAUCAAAGAACGAGAUGAUAAUGAAAGAAACACCUAAAGUAUCGAUUGAAUAUAAAUUAUCGACAGGUGAAGUAGAUUCUUGCAGUGUUCGCUUCAAACAGAGAUCAGAAGAAUCGCAACAAGCAAAUACAUCUUUGAAAAAUGUAUCGGAAUUUAGCUUAGUUUUAGAGCCAGGACCUGUCGGCUAUAAUCUAGAACCAAAUCUGUUUGGUGCUUAUCCUAUCUUACACAAAAACGGUCAAUUAAAUGGAAAUCCUCGAAUUUCAUCAACCGAAAAUGAAAUUACCAAUCAUGAAUCAAAUUCAUCGAAUAUUGCACAAUUCGAUAAAAGACUAAUAAAGCUAAACUCUAUGGAAACGAUAAAUCCAUCGUCUUUGGAAGUGGGAGGAAGCGGAUUUUUUUACUUAGAUACCUUUAACAACCCCAACAAUUCUAAUCACAUUUUCUUUCGUACGUUUGGAAAUCUUCCGGAAUUAGAGAUUGAACUCAAUAAACAUAUUUCAAAAUUUGUCAUGACUUUCAACUUUAUUUAUGCUUUAUCUUCCGAUGAAGGAUUUCUUUUAACUUCUCAGAAACCUUUGGGAAGAUCCGUUAAAUUUACAGUUGUAAGUGAGAAAAGGUACGUAUCACUUAGGGCAUACGAACCGGGAGUUUUUCAAAGGUAUGUAAGCGCUAGGGACGAAGAAGGUAAUCUAUACUUAUUUCUCAAUGAUAAACUCCGUUGGAAAAUUCAUCAAGCCCUUUUACUUGAUAUUUCUAUGAAGUGCAAUGGUGACCUUAUAGUUCGAAAUGAGACAGAGAACACAGUAUCGAUUUUAGAUAAGUCUACUGGAGAUUCUAAAAAGUCAUAUAAAAUCGAUAAUUUAGAAGAUAUACGUGAAUUUCAGCCUCACGGCUACUUGGUAUUAUGUCAAGAUAGCUGUGAUGAAAAAUAUUUAUACCUGUACGAUGAAAAGUUCGAAAGAAGAGAAAAGUUGAUGGCUUGUUUGAAAAUUUUAGGAACAAGUAUUAACAGGUUUAUUUGUCUCACGUCAAGUGAAAUAUGCUUGUUUACAAUUAAGUAA